AUGGCACAAACUUCAGGAUCAAGAGAGACCAACUUGAAGAAAGUGAAUGCCAUAACCAUUAGAUCUGGAAAAGUCAUCGAAACAACCCUUGAACCAGGGAAAAGUGAGAAGGAUCCCAGUAGCAUAGAAGAGAGCACCCCUAGUGAGGAGGUAGUGAAAAAUCCAUCUAGGGUGCCCUUUCCUCAAGCCCUCAAUUCGAUCUUGAAAUCUGCUAGUCAACACAGUGAAAUCCUAGAGCACCUCAAGCAAGUAAAAGUCAAUCUAUCUCUCUUGCACGUGAUUUCCCAGGUCCCCACAGAUGCUAAAAUCUUUAAGGACUUGUGUACUGUAAAAAUGAAGCACCACGUCAAGAAAAUCACCUUCUUGACUGAACAUGUGAGUGCCAUAAUUGAACAAAAAGUCCCACUAAGGAACCAUGAGAUUUCACAAGCUCUCCUUGACUUAGGGGCUAGUGUUAACAUCAUGCCUUACGCCACAUACUCGACGUUAGGUCUAGGUGAGAUCAAACCUACUGCAGUGGUCCUACAAUUGUCUGAUCAGUCCAUUAUUAGACCAAGGGAGGUAGUUGAUGAUGUGUCAGUACAGAUUGACAAAUUUUCCAACCCUAUGGAUUUUUUAAUUUUGGAUGUGAAAGUAGAUGUGAAUGUUAACUCCAAGAUUCCCAUUAUUCUUGGUAAACCUUUUCUCACUACAGCUAACGCUCUUAUCAACAUGACCUUAGAUGACCUUACUAACAAUUGCAGGAAUGGUUUGAUGGAGCUAUCUUUUGGGAACAUAACUUUAGACGUCAACAUCUUUUACAUCAUGAAACAGCCUAAGGAAGAUGAUGAGUGUCAUCAAACAUACAUGAUUGAUGCACUCAUUGAGGAGGAAGCACAUGCGCUUAUUGACCCUGACCAUUUACAUUCUUUCCUUUUAAAUUAUUUAUGA